ACGGUAGUUCUCCUUAUCGAAUAUGCUCGUCAACUGAUUAUCGCUAUACACACCUGCAGGAACCAGUUUCCACAGGAGUUAGCUUACCUCCUGUGCCCAAGCGUUCCACUAUAGCAUCUCAACAGAGACAAUACAAGAAACUGACAACCCCGUUCCGGUCCCCUUUGAUGACAAAAGAAGAGAUUUCCAAAGAGAACAAAACAAUUUGCGUUGUUGCCCAAGUCGCGAACAGCUCAGUUGCUGUUGCUCGAAAUGAAGACCGUAAGAAGAAGAAACAGAAUGCUAAAACCGACAUUCCUGUUGAUACAGCCGAGACGGCGCCCAUACAUUUGAGAAAGAAGACUAAAACAUCCAGAGCAGCAGCACAGUUCAAGUCUCCCCUCCCUUCUUCGGGUGUUGCUUCAACACCCCUGCUCUCGUAUGUUCGGCUUACGCCGGCGGUUCAAGCGCUAGAGCGCAAAUUACAACUGCUCAAACGUGCAGUAAAGGUGAAAAAUGGUGGCGAGGAAGAUAUGCUGGCAGCGCUGGUGAAGAAAUGGACGGAGGCGGGAAGAGAGGUCGCGUGGGAGGUAUGGGAGUAUGUCAAGGAGGCCGGUGCCGAAAGGGCGAGCGAGCAGGUCAUCGGCAUGGGGCAGAAGAAUAUUUUCCAAGAAGGCUGGGGAUGGGAGAAACCGGAAGGACAGACGAGUAGCGGGGAUCGUGACGAUGGGAACUGGGGGUGGGCCUCCACUGAUAGUAGGUGCGAGGAAGGAAUUGGUAAAUUAGGGUAUGAUAACGACUGCGACGAGAAAGAAUGCAAGUAUGAGCAGGAAGAGGACGAGGAGGAUAGGAGGCGAGACACGCUGGGCACCAUGCUGAGAGAAUUACACAUCGCGCCCGAAACGUUGGGGUGGGACGACGACGAAGAGAACUUUGUCGAUGGCUGAGACCUAUAGAUCUUGUUUUGCCUUCGCUAUCCAUGUACCUGUUAGUGGUUAAGACCUGAUUCCGCAGAUUGCGAUCC